CACAAUUCGCAGCACCACCAUUUCCCCACCACCACAAAUCCAUCGUCCAUAAUAAGCGCGCGAAAUCCUCCAGGUACCAGCGCCGCUGCACCUGCACGACGCAAAGGCGAUUUAGCGCGAAGACGUUUUCGGCGGCAAAAACACAGGGGGGGAAGCAAAAUCUCGCCCAAACAAAUCGAACAGGAAGGCGCGCACCAGCAGGGGAAGGGCACGCGCAAGCAUGGCCGUCGUGCCUGUGCCGUGGGGGUGCAGCCUGCUCCCCGUAUAAACCCCCGAACGUGGGGCGUGUUCACAAGAGACAAAAACAACACGGCGGUCGCAGGCGGCUGAUUCGGAUCGGGCGCUAGCUACAUGACCAGCCUCCUCGUCCAUAGGAUCACUACCCUCGUGCGCGCUCCCAUGGCCGCCGCGGGGGCGAGGCCACUGCACCUGCACCGGAUCCCGCCGCGGCAGGGGGAGGAGGAGGAUGCGGCGGCGGCGGCGGCCGAGGAGGAGGAUCGCCACCGCUACCAGCGGCGGCAGCGCGCGCGCCGCAGCAGCAGCAGGGGCCCGCUGUCCUGUUCGGCGCCCUCGUCCUCGGGCAUGGUGGUGAUCGUCGGCGCCACGGGCACCGGCAAGACGAAGCUGUCCAUCGACGCGGCGCGGGCGCUCGGCGGGGAGGUGGUGAACGCGGAUAAGAUCCAGCUCUACGCCGGCCUCGACGUCACCACCAACAAGGUGCCCCUCGAGGACCGCCGCGGCGUCCCGCACCACCUCCUCGGCGCCGUCCGCCCCGAGGCCGGCGAGCUCCCGCCCUCCACCUUCCGCUCCGUCGCCACCGCCACCGCCGCCUCGAUAGCCGCGAGGCGCCGCGUCCCCGUCGUGGCUGGCGGCUCCAACUCCCUCAUCCACGCCCUCCUCGCCGACCGCUUCGACGCCUCCGCGGGGGAUCCCUUCUCGCCCUCCGCCGCCGCCGCGCGGGGGCGGGAUCGCCCCGCGCUCCGCUUCCCGUGCUGCCUCCUCUGGGUCGACGUCGAGGAGGCGCUGCUGGCGGAGUACCUCGACCGCCGCGUGGACGACAUGGUGGGCGCCGGCAUGGUGGAGGAGCUCCGCGCGUACUUUGCCGCGACCGCCCCCGCCGAGCGCGCCGCGCACGCGGGGCUGGGCAAGGCCAUCGGCGUCCGCGAGCUGGGCGGCCACUUCGCGGGGCGCAGGAGCUUCCGCGCCGCGAUCGACGACAUCAAGGCCAGCACGCGGGACCUGGCGGCCGCGCAGGCGUCCAAGAUCCGCCGCAUGGCCGACGACUGGGGCUGGCCCGUCCGCCGCCUGGACGCGUCCGCCGCCGUCCGCGCCCGCCUCGGCGGCGCGGGCCCCGCCGCGGAGUCGGCCUCCUGGGAGCGCGACGUGCGCGGGCCGGGGCUCGCGGCCAUCCGGAGCUUCCUGCGCGACGGCGGCGGCGCCACCAACACCAAUGGCGGCGGCGAGACGGAGGAGCGGAUGGCGGUGCGAUGCUGCGACGUGGUGGGGUGAGCCCGCGGCCGCUUGCUGUUACUUUCCUGGCGGAGUCAUUCGCGUUACGGCGCAAAGGGUGGGGGGCUUUUGGGGUUUAGGCCGCCGAUUUUGCAGGUUCCCGGCGGCGCCCUCUGCCGCUGGCCGGUGGGGUCCGACAAGGGCACAGUGACACAGAGAGAAAGGCUUCUAGCCUGCCUUCUCUGCGUCUGCGUAGCACUGCAGAGAGAGAGAGAGAGAGAACGGUGAAUGAAUUCUUUGUUGGGAGAGAGGGGUGGGGGGAUUUCGUUUUCUUUUUCUUUGGUUCGUCCGUUUCCUAACUGCCAGUGGCGGAGCUUGAUCUUCGAUUUUAGAAAAAAUGAGAGGGGGCCAUCCUUUUGCUACAGUAAUGAACAGUGUCAAAAUCACUGUUCAUUACGUGUGAAAUUUGCACAGCCAGGGGGGGCCAUGCGCCCCUUUGGCCCGCAUGAAGCUCCGCCCUUGCUAACUGCACCACUGUAUGUACUACUACUAAUCCACUGCUAGACAGUUCAAAUUUUGAAAUAUAUGCAGUACAGCUGAGCCUCCUCGAUUGCUUUUUUUUCUUUCUCCCGUCCCCGUGUUUGUUUGUCCUCUUCCCAAGCUGCAUUCUGCAUUUCCGUUCCGUUUCGGCCUUUACACAGAGCGGACCACUGCCACCGCGCCUGCUCCAUCAUCCCUCUGAACUUUCUGCUGGGUUGGCAGUUUAUAGGUGCCACUGCCAUGGUGGCCAGGCGUGGUGGUUAACUAAUCGCGGCGGGAUGAUUGGGGGCGGUAAUUUCCUCCACUCCACGCAUGCUUAGUGUGUGAUUGCUGCUGAUCAGGGGGAGUUGGGCGUGUGAGUUGGUGCCUGGUGUUCUUGCUGUUGCCAGCUAGGAAAACAGAGGAGCCG